AUGCUCCGGCCGCCGCUCGCGCUGCUGGCGCUCGCCGCCUGCCACUGCGUCGCCGCGCCAGACUCCUCGGAGAAUGACUCGGAGCCAGGCAAGAGCAGCGCCCCGGAGAAGCCCUGGAAAGCGGCCCCCGAGCCGGCCGAGCCGGACCUGGCCACGGCAGGUGGCGGUGCCGAGUGGACGUCCUGGUUCAACAUCGACCACCCCGGCGGCGGCGGCGACUACGAGAGCCUGGACGCCAUCCGCUUCUACUACGGCGCGCGGGUGUGCGCGCGGCCCGUGGCCGUGCAGGCGCGCACCACCGAGUGGGAGCUGCCGCGGGACGUGGGCCAGGUGGUGCACGUGAGCCCCAAGAAGGGUUUCCGCUGCGUCAACACGGAGCAGCCGCCGGGCAAGACCUGCUCCAACUACCACAUCCGCUUCCUCUGCCCGCUCGAGGCCGCGUGGGGCGAGUGGGGCGCGUGGGGGCCCUGCUCCCGCAGCUGCGGGGCCGCCGCCAAGCGCCAGCGCCGCCGCAGCUGCCCCGGGGGCAAGAAGUCGCCGUGCGCCGGCCGGGCCACCGAGGUGCAGCCGUGUCCCCCCGCGCCCUGCCCAGCCUGCCCGGGCCACGCGCUGCAGGGCACCGUGGUGUCGGCGGCCGGAGCGGCGCUGCCCGGAGCGCGGAUCUUCCUGGAGGGCCGCCCGCCGGCGCUGCUGGCGCGGAGCGACGCGCGCGGCCGCUUCCACGUGCCCGGGCUCUGCCCCGGCGCCGCCGCCAACCUCAGCGCCCACCUGGAGAAGUUCGCCCCGGCGCUGGCGCCCAUCGUCUCCAACGGAUCGGGGCUCUCGGUGGCGCGGCUGGUGCUGCAGCGGCUGGAGAAGCCCUACAUGGUGACGCAGCCGCAGGGCCAGGUGCGACGCGCCGGGCAGGCUGCCGCCUUCUGCUGCGGCGCYGCUGGCACCCCCGCACCCACCAAGUACUUCUGGUACCACAACGGGACACUGCUGGACAGGAAGGUGCUCAAGUACGACAGCCGCCUGGUGCUGCGGGCACUCACGGUGGCACACGCCGGCACCUACCACUGCAAGGCCAGCAGCGAGGCAGGCGCCAUCCGCUCGGCGCCGGCACAACUGGUCGUGCUGGCCCCCGGGCAGCAGAGCUGCAAGGUGGAGCCUGAGCCCAACCUCAUCGAGCUGCCCGCCGAGUGCCGCGGGGCGGCCGCGGGGCCCCGCUACUACGACGUGGGGCAGUGCCCGGCGGCGCCAUGCGGCGAGGGCGAGUGCGGCGGCGCCGCGCUGCCCGUCAAGGUGGUGGCCGAGUGCGGCUGCGGGCCCUGCGCCCGGCCCCGCGUGCUGGUGCAGGGCCGCGUGACGGCGGCCGACACGGGCGAGCCGCUGCGCUUCGGCCACAUCUUCCUGGGCAAGGAGAAGGUCGGCUUCACCGGCUACCAGGGCUCCUUCACCAUCGAGGUGCCGCCGGGCACGCAGCGCCUCGUGGCCCGCUUUGUGGACCGGCAGCAGCGCCUCGUGGACACCGUCAGGGUGCUGCCCUUCGACCGCCGCGGCGGCGCCGUCUACCAGGAGGUCAAGAUGCUGCGCAGGAAGGAGCCCGUGGACCUGGACGCCGGCCGCGCCAACGCCAUCCCGCUGGGCGAGGCGCGCGGCCAGGAGCCCGUCGGGGAGCUCCUCAUCCCCGCCGGCGCCUUCCUGCGCCCCUCCGGAGAGGUCUUCACGGGCACCGUCAAAGCCAGCGUCACCUUCCUGGACCCGAGGGACGUGGCCACGGCUGGCGCCGCCUCCAGCGACCUCAGCUUCGCCAACGCCGAGGGGGAAAUCGUGCCGCUGCGGACCUACGGCAUGUUCGCCGUGGACUUUCGGGAAGGGGAGUCCAACGAGGUGCUGCAGACGGGGCCCGUGCAGGUGCGCAUGGACGCGAGGCAGAUCCGGGUGCCGGAGCACCUGCAGAACAUGAAGCUGUGGUCCUUGAACCCGGAGACCGGCUUGUGGGAGGAGGAAGGCGUCUUCCGCCAGGUCAAGGAGAGGAGGAGGAAGAGGGAGGACAGGACCUUCCUCAUCGGGAACAUGGAGAUCCGGGAGAGGCGUCUCUUCAACCUGGACGUGCCCGAGAACCGCCGCUGCUUCGUCAAGGUCCGGGCGUACAGCAACGAGAAGUUCAACGCCCACGAGCAGCUGGAAGGGGUGGUCAUCAGCCUCAUCAACCUGGAGCCGCAGCCCGGCUAYCCCACCAACCCGCGGGCCUGGGGCCGCUUCGACAGCGUGGUCACGGGGCCCAACGGCGCCUGCCUGCCCGCCUUCUGCGACGGCGAGCGCCCCGACGCCUACACGGCCUACGUCACGGCCACGCUGGGCGGCGAGGAGCUGGAGGCCGUGGCCUCCAGCCCCAAGCUGAACCCCGGCGCCGUGGGGGUGUCGCAGCCCUACCUGAACAAGCUGGGCUACCGCCGGCUGGACCACGACGAGCCCAGCCUCAAGAAGACGGCUUUCCAGAUCAACGUGGCCAAGCCCGACCCCAACAACAUCGACGAGACCAACGGGCCCGUCUACCCCUACCGCAGCCUCAGGGAGUGCGAGGAGGCGCCGGCCAGCGCCAACCACUUCCGCUUCUACCGCGUGGAGGUGGACAAGUACGAGUACAACGUGGUGCCCUUCAAGGAGAGCGACCUGACGUCCUGGACGGGCGACUACCUGUCGUGGUGGCCCAACCCGCAGGAGUUCAGGGCGUGCUUCAUCAAGGUGCGCAUCGAGGGGCCGCAGGAGUACAUGGUGCGCUCCCGCAGCGCGGGCGGCAGCCACCCGCGCACGCGCGGGCAGCUCUACGGCCUGCGCGACACCCGCAGCGUGCGGGACAUGCAGCUGGAGAACAGCUCGGGCGCCUGCGUGGAGUUCAAGUGCAGCGGGAUGCUCUUCGACCAGAGCCUCGUGGACCGCACCUUGGUCUCCAUCAUCCCGCAGGGCAGCUGCCGCCGCACGGCCGUCAACGGCCUCCUGCGYGACUACCUGGCGCGGCACCCGCCGCUCGCCGAGGACAACAACACGGCCGCCUUCACCAUGCUGGCGCCCGCCGACCCGCUGGGCCACAACUACGGCAUCUACACGGUGACGGACCAGAGCCCGCGGCUCGCCAAGGAGAUCGCCAUCGGCCGCUGCUUCGACGGCACCUCGGACGGCUUCUCGCGGGAGAUGAAGUCCGGCGCCGGCACCGCCGUGACCUUCACGUGCCGGGAGCGGCCGGCCACGCGCGAGAGCUUCUUCCAGCGGCUGCUGGCGGCGCCGGCCGAGGCGCUGGCCGAGAUGCGCCGCGAGAUGGGCGCCGCCGAGCAGCGCCGCGCGCCCCCCGACGUGCUGGACUUCUCCUCGGGCUGGCGGGCGGCCGGCCCGGCCCCACGGGGCCCCGGCGGCCAGCGGAGGGUCCGGGCGCAGCUCUGA